UGUUUUGAUGCAUUUUUGGUGCAUUUUCUGAAGCUUGUGCUGAUCUGCCAACUGUGAUGUCCUCACAUGCUUAAUUUUUUCGUUGCCAAGAUGUCGUUUUUGACCGAACAAACAGCCACCGAGUCUCCAACUGUUGUGAAGCAGCGGGUGAUGGGUAUGAUCCUGACCAUCGCCUCCUGCCUCAUCAUCUCAACAAACAUCUUCGUGGCUGUUGCUCUGCUUAAACUUCUCCUCAGGAAGAGCAGUCAGAGCUGGUGCUUUGUCCUCAACUUGGCGGUGGCGGAUACUUUGGUGGGCGUGGCCAUCACUGGGCUGGCGACUGAGGAUUUUAACGGCAGCGGCAACAACGUGACUCAAUCCCGCCAAAGUAACAUCCCAGCGGAUCAGCUCACAUCAAGCUCCUCUUCUAUCCAGGGCCGGACCAGGUGUCUUAUACGGAUGGCCUUCGUCACAUCCCCGUGCACUGCCUCCAUCAUGUCCAUGUUCCUGAUCUCGCUGGACCGCUAUGCCGCCAUCAAAAUGCCCUUGAGGUACUCGCAGAGGUGUGGGAAGGGGACGGCAGUCGGGUGUCUGGUGGCUCUUUGGAUUUGCGCCAUCACUUUAGGAUUCCUGCCAGUCAUGGUGCGUUCGCUGCAGUACGAGCACUACAACGGUGUAUGUGCCUUCUUCUCUGUCAUUGACGAUGUGGGCAUCAUCAUCCUGUACAGCGUGUGCUUCUUCCCUGUGUUCUCUGUGUUCGUCUACAUCUACCUGGACAUCCUGAAGAUCGCCUGCAGCCACCAGAAGCAGAUCUGCCAAGUCAGACAGGCCGGGUCGAGGACAGCUGAGCACCAAAGCCAUCCGCACCAUCACCACCACCACCAUCAGCAGCAGCAGCUGAAGAGCCGCUACUGGAGCCAUGUGAAGGCCCUGAGGACGGUGGCGGUGCUCGUGGGCUGCUUCUUAAUCCUCUGGUGCCCUUUCUUUGUGGUCUGCAUCGUGGCACUCCUAUGUGAAACCUGUGAACUCACUGAACUCUUGGAGAACCACCUAUGGCUUUUAGGACUGUCUAACUCUCUGAUCAACCCUCUGGUUUACGCUUUCUGGCAGAAGGAGGUGCGGAUGCAGAUAGCAGCCAUGUUCUCCUGCUUCACUGGCAGGCCUUCAGCUACUGCAGCAUCAGGUGUCACAGGAAGAUGUGAGCCCCAGCCAUCUAUAGACAAUCAUACUGCUGUUUCUGGUGGAGAUUAUAUGAGGCCGUCAAUGGUGCAGUCUAAUGCCUGCAGAGACGAGGCCUUCAUUGUGCCACUGUCUGCCUCCACCGGACUGUGAAACAUAAAUUUACCUUUUAGUGCAAUAGUUCGCAAACCCAAGCAGGAUUAGAGGUACUUGUGUAUGGAAUUGAACUUAUUUACUGCUGUAAGAAAUUGUUUAUUAAAAAAAAAGUACAGGCUCUUAAAUGUAAUAAAGGAAGAACUAGAUGUCCAUGUACCUCAUGUCGUAUUAAU